AUGAAAUUUACUUUAUCAUACACAAUAGUGCUGGCUAUUUUGGUUCCAUCAAAGUGUUUACGUACAACUUUGCCUGAAGAUGGAAGACUCAACUUUACGCAGCUCGGUGCAAAAUAUGGACAUUCAGUUGAAGAACAUCAAGUAAUCACUGAAGAUGGGUAUAUUUUAACAAUAUUCCAUAUUAAAGGAAGAAGAAAAACUCCAGUUUUACUGCUACAUGGAGUUGCAGACACUGCCGAUUGCUACAUAAUGAGAGGAAAGAUAUCAUUAGUAAUAUCAUUAGCAAAUGCUGGUUACGACGUCUGGGCAGGCAACGUAAGAGGAAACAAAUAUUGCCGGAGACAUCUCAAACUGGAUCCUGAUAAAGAUAAAAAAUUCUGGGACUUUACAUUCCACGACACCGGUAUUUAUGACGUCCCCGCCAUGAUUGACUACAUUCUGAAAACCACUGGAGAAAAAAAGCUGCAGACAAUUGGACAUUCGCAAGGAACGACUGUGCAGUUUGUGUUGUUGUCUAAAAGACCUGAAUAUAACGAGAAAAUAAAGCUUUUCAUUGGAAUGGCACCGGUAACUUUCUUAACGGACUUGAUAGAACCAUUGUCGACUAUUGCAAGUCUUGCCCCAAUGCUCCGUGGACUGAUAGAAUCUGCAGGAAUAGAAGAAACAUUCCCUGACAACUCUUUCAUGACCAAAUUUCUUAGACUUAUAUGCAGUCAAGAUUUCCUUAGCUACGAAUUAUGCUUCCUAUGGACAAGUUCUUACAUCACCGGAUUGGAUGCCAAGCGCUUUGAUGCAAAAUUCAGUAAAAUUGUUAUAGGACACUAUCCGAACCACACUUCAAGAAAAAAUCUAGAACAUUCCAAUCAACUGAUUCUUAGUAAAAGAUUUUGUGAAUUUGACUACGGUCCUGUAGAAAAUUUAAAACGUUACGGCUAUAUAGUUCCGCCAGACUAUAAUUUAAGAAAAGUAAACACUAAAAUUGCUUUGUUAGUGGGUGAAAAUGAUCCAUUGUCCAGGAUAAAAGAUGUAGCGAUUCUGAGAACGCUUUUACCAAAUGUAGUUAAAUAUCAUGUGAUGGAAGAUAAAAUUUGGAGCCAUGUGGAUUUUACUUGGGGUAAUGAUAUGCCUGUCACUCUGUAUCCAAUUUUAUUUCAGCUUCUGGAUAAAUACGACUAUUAACUACCUAACUAGCUUUCUUCAUUUGCCAAAUAUUGUUAAAAUUAAGAAUAAAGGUUUCAUGGUUUUAUA